UGGUGUUGUAUAAGUAGAUAUUUUGGUGCUAAGUCGCCUGUUUUGGCAUUUUGUGUACUAAAAAGUUCGCCAAGUUCUCGUCAUCGUUCGAUAUAUAGAGGGAAUCGCUUCAGUAUAACGUCGCCUAGCCCAAUAUCGUGGAAUAUGUAAAAAUAAAGGCAUAUAUAAACGAGAGAGUGAAAGCAAACAAAGCCGAGGAGGCCUACAAAUCACGCAGCAGCUCCCGCAUCAACCCAGCAAAGACAACACCACGGAAAAUGUAUCUUUCGGGCAAUAUCCGUGUAACACAUUUUUUCAACGCCACAGAAUCGAGUGCGUGAGUGAGUUCCGCAGAUAUGUAGACACACUUGGCCACUUUCGGAGUGCUUCCUGGCCAAAUUCAACCGUUCGAAGACAAAUAAAUUGAGUUGGAAAGGCGGCGAUGGCUCGGUGAAAAACUAUGGCCUUCAAAGUCCCACCCAGUUAGAAGGAUUCGUUCGUGUGCGUGUGUGUCCAUAGGCAAUUUAAUAACCAAAGUCUUCGAAAAUGAUGGACUUUUGUGAACUUAUCACAGCUGCCAGAUAAAAUGAGGGCUCUCUUUUUUGCUCAAAUAAAACCCAAGGCGGUAAUGACAGUAAUUGAAACUAUUUGUUAGUACCAAAUCAAACAUGAUCUUUUAAAAUCGCAACAUGGAGCCAAAUCAUUAUUACUGCCGGAGUGCUAUGCAGCAGACGUCGGCGUCGUCAAUUCCCCAACAUUCGUCGAACAAAAUGAACUAUGGGAUGAAUGCAGGGCAGCAGGAGUACGUAGCCUGCGGCUCCAGUCAAUCGCAGUCGGGAUACAACUCCAAGGAUCUGGUGCCGCGGAGCGGGAACAAUAAAUCGCUUGGUGGAAAUGGCAGCGGAAUGGGGAGUCCCUAUGCCGGAUCGGUCUGCAGCAACAGUGGGCAAUGCAGCAAAAGUACUACUGCCAACGCUGGGAACUAUAUCAACAUAAUGACCGUUCCCCUAGGAACUUUGCAGUAUAACCGAAAGAAGCUAACUACUCAGGACUAUGAAUCGCAUUUAUAUUACAACACUACGGAUGUCAAGUGCCGCGAUGAUUACUAUAUAGCCAACAAUGCGGCUGGAGGGAUGCCGCAGCACCAGGGACACCAACCGCAACAGCACAUGCAACAUCAGCAGCAGCAGCAACACCAACAACACCAGCAACACCAGCUCCACCAGCAACACCAACAACACCAACAACACCAGCAGCAGCAGCAGCAGCAUCAGGCCAACUUUCUCCACAUCCAGCAAUCGCUUCAGCACAACCACCAGAUGAGCCACCCAGAACCAAUCCAUCAGUUGCCGCAAUUACAGGCCUCGCAGGUCACCGAUCCGCCAGAUGCCUUCGACAACUGUGCUGCGAUCUUCCCCAGCGCCAGCGGCAGUGGUCGCGUGGCAGCCACUCAGACCCAUCAGAAUAGCACCGGUGUGGUUACGUGCGGCGACCAGCAGACGCCAGUGUCGCUGGGCUCCAUGGCAGUGCCCCCGAUCAUGUACACCGUUCACCGUGUGGUGACCACCGCCCAAAUCCAGACGGCAGUGGGUAGCACCUUUGCCUCCUCUGCCAGUGUCUCCAGUGUGGUCAGCACGGGGCAGAACGAGGGCGACUGCCUGUCGCCGGCACAGGUGUCCUCGGCAAUGGCCGCCUCCUCGAAUGCCCAGUGUCUCGGGGGACUCGGCGACAUGGGCGCCAACAUGAUGAACAACGCAAGUGCACUUUGUCCCCUGUCUGACCUGAGAAGUCCUUCUGGCGUGCUAACCAACACCUCAUUCAUGCCUGGACACCAUAAGUGCAACAAUGCCAAUGAUGCCCAAUCCAAUCCUGCAAUCCAAAAGCGCGUGAUGACCACAAGCUCAACUUCAAAUUUCGCAAAUGCUGGGAAAGCUGCUUCCAACCUGACCCGGGCUCUUCAAAAUGUAAUCCCCACUUGCGUGUAUCUUAUGUCCCGCGUGGCGGUUCACAUGGAGAUUGAGGGCACCUCCCAGUGUCCAUCCCAGGUCAUGCUGGCCGCUGCUCUGGGCUGCGAGGAGCUGGGCAUAUCCAACAAGCUGCUGGCCCAGAGUGUGUUUGGAUUGUGGAUGACAAGUGCUUUAUUGGAAAUGCAGCUCAAGGCCCAUCACUGUCCCUAUAUAGUGAGGGUGGCGUGGCCCAAUCUGCUCCAGAAGUUCAGCAAUAGCAGUCCCAGUGAUCGAAAGUUUGAUGAGCCCAUGAUAGUGUUGAAGAGAAAUGUUUUCUUCUCGAAAAGAGACGAGGAAAAGAUCAAGGAUCAUCGAAUCUUAGAGCUCCUUUAUGAGGAGGCCAGAAACAAUGUGCUAACGGGUAGAUACAUUAUGGAGCCAGUGCAUUCACUGAUGUUGGGUGGCAUACAGGCUCGGAUUGAACUUGGGCCCUAUAAUUCGCAUACCCACACAAUAGGCUUUUUUCGGGAAAACCAAGCUCGUUUCUUGCCACCUCAUGUAGCCAAGAGCUCGACUUGGUUGUGGCUGCCCAUAAGCCAGAAGAAUUCUGCGGAGGUCAAGCUGUUGGAGCAGUUUAAGAGGGUUCCCCAAACAGCAACUACAAGGAAAUUAAUGCGGAAAUAUCUGGAAUUUUGCUGGGCACUGCCCUUUUACGGAGCCGCCUACUUCCAUGGUCAGAUUGAGCAGCCAGUGAGGGGAAUUAUGGCUUUGGUUAACCAAAAGGAUAUGGAGGUUUUAGUUGCGGUUAAUGAAAAGGGAGUGUUUAUCAUUGAUCCGUAUGAAUGUACUCUCUUGCUGGGCUUGCGAUAUGAGGACUUGUCUUGGGACUAUGCCAAGCCCAGUGCCAGUGAUGAUCCCGAAUGUCUGACUUGUAUAUUUCUUCAGUUCGAUGCUGUUGAGAAUGGAAUACAGGUUUCGAAGCUAAUGCAAAUAUUUUCCAAGCAAGCCGCCAUGAUAGACGCACUUAUAUCACAUUUUACGGAUCAAAUACGAAACAAAAAGCAGGAGGGGAACACUCAAGAACCUUUUCACGAUGAGCCAAAUCCUAUUCAGAAUAAUGGAAAUGGAGUGUUAUGCAAUAAGCUGUCUAGAUUGACUUUGGCCACCUUUGACGAGGAGGGAGGUCGCUGCAUUGGGCAAAUGGGAUCAUUAUCUAUAAGCUAUUAACAAUUGUUACUAAUGAUAAACUAGGCAUAAGUUACAGGGGUGUUACAUAAAAAGUUCGUGCAUAUAUUCAUGAUUGUUGAUAAAUUCCCAUAAAUAUACUCACAAGCAAAGUUUUAGCAAAUGGAAUCAACAUAUUCACUCAGUUAUCGACACGAUGAAUUCCACUAAAUUUAAUUGUUUUCUAAUUUUAUCAAGCGUGAUCAGUAUCCGAAUUUUAAUUCUACUAACAUUAGGUUUUAAAAGUAAUUACAUUUUAUUUGUUUAGCUUUUAAUAACACGGCAGAGAUCUCCUUGAAGUCACUUCCAUUUGACUUUUGUUAACUUGCUCAAAACCAAGAUGAAGCAUUUACAUUUUUGUACGAUUUUCCUUUGGCAAUAAUUAAUUUUAAUUUACAAUUAAUGCAAGUAUUCUCCAAAAUGUCCCCCAAGAGUUAUCUGGUUUUAUUUACCUCUAAGGUGUAAGGCAUGUAGCAUAUAAUAAGAUAAAUACAUAUAUCGGUAUGUGCAUUUGACGUAUGCGUUCAGAAUUAGUUUAAUAAGCCUUCGACUGAAACAAAUUAUGUACAUAAUAACAAUAAAGUAUAUGUACAAACUGUAAGGGCAGACUGCCAACAUAGGUUAUGUAUAUAUUUAAAAUUUGUAUGUAUGUAUAAAUUGAGACUUAAAAUAAAUACCGUUCCCUCAUAUUUAUACAGCAAGUAUAUAGAAGAUUACAGUAAUAUUCUUGUGUUUCAACGGCACCACACUUGUGAUUUGUAAUAUUUAUGUUAUUUAACAAGCGCAGUUAAUUAGACAAUUUAAAUAUUAGUUGAUCUUAAUUUAAUCCACAAAGCCUUAAUAAUAAUAAUAAAUAUACUUCAAUUUGCUAGCAACACACCUCUGUACGUUUUCGAUUGUUGAGAAACACCACAUUAUUAUGUUAUUAUUUAAACACAAAUCUUCUUUAAUUUUGCAUACAAAUACAAAUUGUUUAAUAAUACAUAUAAUAAAAUAGUUAUAAUAUACGACAACACGGAAAUUAAUCAAUACAUGUAGGUGUAAUCUAAUAAAUUAUAGUUAAUAGACCAUUUAUUUAAAUAUGUGUAAAUCAAACAUAAAUACU